AUAAUGUGAUCCACAGAGUUUGUAAUCCACAGAGGAAGAUAAUCCACAGAGUUUGUAUCUAUUUAUUACAAACUUCAGGUAAGUUUCUGGUGGCAUCUUCCUCUGUGGAUUUUUUCAUUUUGAUUUGGCAGUCACUUGAUUUUCCUAUGGACCAACUGAUUCAAGAAGUUUUCAGAGUGUUAAAAGCCGGUGGGACAACUCUUAUUCGGAAGUCCUCCCAAUCUGCUGUGGGUUUAGAUAAUAAGAUGAUAUCAAAUCUUGAGAACAAGUUAUUAUUAGCAGGGUUUUCAGAAAUACAUGUUUUACAAUCAACUCUCCCAUCAAGAGGCAUAUCUUUUGGGGCAUAAGUUUAC